AUGGAGCGCAUUGUACUCCCACCAUCGGUAGCUGGAAAAUCACCUGCUGCCAAAGAUCCAUGCAUCUUCCAAUCAUUCGCCGGAGACAAAUUCACCAUUCUAACCAGCGGUGGUCAAGCCUUUCCCUCUCCUGUGCCAACUCACUAUCAUAAGCAUACCCACCAUGACUUCCUCUGCAUCAAGGGCCAGUUGAAGGUCUGGCUCAACGACCAGUGCAAAAUCCUCAACCCCGGAGACUACGCUAGUGUUGCUCCAGGCGCUAUCCAUGCGUACCAGUUCAUUGGUGAUCAUACCGAGAUCUUCGGUAUCAUCACUCCUGCUGGAUUUGAGCAUAUGUUUCGAGGUCUGGGUGAGUCAUACGCUGGUCCGAUGUGGCCGGAUGCCGACCUUGAAAGGGUUGCUGAAAAGCUCAACACUGGCGUCGCAAAUGUCAUGACCGAGUUCGACGUGAUUCCUGUGUCGAACCACAAGCUCGUUGAGCCGCAGCCUUGGAGCGGUUCAGAAAACCAGCUGCCUGGAUCUCAAAAGCCAUACUUCCUGCGCAACCGCACAGGACCAAGUGCUGUUCUCGGCGGGACGGUCGUUCGUCCAUAUGUCACCGGAGCCGAAUCUGGAAACAGAUACAGCCUGGCUACGCUCGAAGGGUCUAACCAGUUUGAAACUCAGGUUCUGUCUGGUGGAAUUCGGUUCCCAGGCGUCGACCACUGCUUUUAUGUGUCGGAUGGAUAUCUUGAAGUUACGAUAAAUGACACUGACUCUUCACGUAUUGGCCCCGAUGAAGUGGCUUGGCUGCCUGCUGGAACUCACUUCGAUAUCAAGCCUGUCAGCUCCUAUUUUAAAGUUUUCAUGUAUUCGCAGCCUGGUGGACUCGGCGAUUUAGUUUAUGCGGCUGGCAAGGAUAAGCCGCAUACUGGGUUGAACUGCAUGAUUCCUGAUUCACCAAGCCCUUUUGACAGGGAGAAGCUCUCUCAGUAUAAAUCUAAGUUCAAGUUUGACUUGAUGUAA